AUGCCGAAGAAGGGAAACGCUGCAGCAGAGAAGAAGUCUGCCGAUAAGAAAGCAGGCAAAGGUGCAGCGAAGGGCGAGGAAGCCGGAGAGAAGUCCAAGGGCAAAGGAGGGUUGAAGCCAGCUACUGCAAUAAAUGUUCGUCAUAUUCUCUGUGAGAAACACUCCAAGGCGACCGAAGCCCUGCAGAAGAUCCAGGAGGGCCAGCGAUUCGAUAAAGUGGCUCAGGAAUACUCAGAAGAUAAGGCCAAAGCUGGCGGUAGUCUGGGGUGGAUGGCUCGAGGAUCCAUGGUGGGUCUUUUCCAGGAUGUGGCAUUCGCCCUCGAGCCGUCAUCCGUGGAUAAGCCCAUCCUUUCCCCGCUGGUGAAGACCAAUUUUGGAUACCAUAUCAUCAUGGUCGAGGGCCGCCGAUAA